ACACGUACUGGGUCUCGCAUCACAUCCGACACGCGCAUUCGACAUCAGCGUUGCCCAGUCAUCACAUCGCAUCACAUCAUCGCUUGUCAUCUCAUCACUACCGCACGAUCUUCCAUGGCGAAGAAGAGCGCCGCACCGCCGGCUGCGGCGACGACGCGACGACCAGGCUCCUCGCGUAGAGCAGCCAGUCGGAGUGUCAGCGUCGAACCACAGGCCAAACGCGCUCCUGGUCGACCCAAAAAGGAGCCCGCUGCAGAAGAUUCAACGCGCGAGUCUCGUCGCAAUGUUGUUCUCGCAGGCGAAGACCAAGAGCUGCCGACUGUCAACGAAAACGAAAACGAGGUUGACCAACACCAAGAUGACCGAGAUGACCUCGCCGCUCCCGUCGAAGCCGGUGAACCAGUUCUCUCUGACGACGAUGACCUUGAGGGGACACGUCACAGUCGCCUGUCGGGUAUAUCUGGGACAACUGCAAAAACCUCAUUUACGCAGGAGGAAGCAGACCGACUGGAGCCGGCCGAGAUUUUGGAAGAUUUGCCAGACCUGGCCGGCGCAUCUGAAAAGCUUAUCCGCUUUUUGCUUCCACGCGGAUCGGAGACUCCACGAUCAUCGCUCAAGUCGAUCGAUUCUAAGAGAUACGAUAAAUUGAUCACCGCCGUGCUCUUACACAAGCCAAGCUUUGGAACGCUUCCAUAUAUCUCGCCUAGAGCGAUCCUACGCGCUCUUUUUGAUGAACCUGACAUUGAGCAGGUCUCACAGAGCCCACAGAGCAUUAUUUACCGUGUCAAUCUCGUGGAAAUGAUGAACGUGCUGCUAGUCAAGUGCCCUCCAGAUGACUUGACUGCAUCAUACGAUUCCCUACAGAUCCUCGAUCGUGCCUUUCCGACAUCGAUCGCGGGAGGAGAAUGCCCCCCUCAGGCACUGAGCCUGUGGUGUGCCAUCGCCACACAGAUGGCAAUCGCCAGACUUGAGGUCAAUGCGCAAAGGCCUGCUGAAUUCCUCCCCUUGCAAGCCAUUCGGGACUCAUUCUUCGACGAAGAUGGUAACUUCAAACACACAGAAACCCUAGGCGUAUCCCUCAUGAGCGAUGCCGAACGUGGUCUUGCGUUGGACAUGGUAUACAACGUCUGCAACACCCUUUCCGCACCGUUCCAAGGCGAAGGUGGCGAUGACUUGGAAAGUGGUAUAUUAGAACUGAAGAGUCAAUUCAAAUGGGAACAGCUACUUGACAAUGCCUUAGCGUACUACGACGUGCGCAAGGCCCAGCUCGAUCAGCAAAUUGACGCUGCAGGCGAUGUGUCCACUAUCGUGGAUGCUAUCAAUGGAGAGUUACAGCGUAGAUCAGAUCUGAAGCGAAGCGCACAGAUGAAGCAAGAAAUCAUUGCGACGCAGAACAAGCCGAGAAAGAGCUUCAUGAACACCGCGACAGUGGCCAUGCUUCGACAGAAAGAGGCUGCGCUUCAACAGCAACAGCGGCAGCAGGCUGCUCCGGUAGCAAACAUGGUGGCUGGACCACCGAUGUCGUCCAAUGACAAUUUACCCCGAGCCAGCUCUGGUACUUUGCCAAAAGGCGCGAAGAAGCGAUCUUUGCUGGAUCGACAGGAAGGAGCUCAGCUGAUCAACUUUACUCAGACGCAAGACGAGUUUAGCCAGCAGGAUGACGGCGGCAACAGUGGAGCGCAAGCGGUUCUAUUGAGUUCCUCGCAUGGCGAAAAGCGCCGCGUACAAGACCUUGAGGAUGACGAAGAGGGCGCUUUCGACCCGACACAAGACAAAGGCUUUGAAGACAAAGGAUAUGUAGCAGAGGCGCGCGAGAUUGCAGCCGCAAACAAGCGUCGUCGUCUCAAUGCUCCCGAAAGCAGUGCUUCUGGCCCGCCAUACUCCUCGUAUUCCAAUACUGGGGACGCUAUUGCACCUCCAGAAUCCCCCGAGCCAAUCCACCACAAUCCCGAAUCCGUCCCAAUCACAUCGAUUUACCCACCACCUGCAUCUGCCGCCGCCGCGACACCAAUUUAUGCCAGCGAUCAACUCCACGAAGCUCUUCUCGCUGCGAGCCAGCUUCCACGUAAGAACCCUGGGUCCUCCUUCCCCACCAUCAGUGAAUCGCUUGAGACUCUUGCCGAGGAUCCCAGCAGCACCCAGUACUCUCGUGGCAUCAUCAUCGCCAAACAAAAUCGUGCCGCGCUGCCAAAGAAGGUGCAAGUGCGACGCCCAUGGACGAGUGACGAGGAAAAUGCCCUCAUCGAGCUCAUCACAACACAUUGCAGCGAGGGCAUUAGUUGGUCUGCGCUCAAGUCCCUGGACACCCAGCGCGGCGACACGGCGCAGCUCUCUACCCGGAGCGCCGAGGACAUGCGCUUCAAGGCCAGAAAUAUGAGAGUGACUAUGAUGCUUGCUCGUGUCGGCCUGCCCGAGAAUUGGGACAAGGUAAUCCUCGACAAGAAAGCCAUCGUCAAGCUUGCGUCGGCGGGCAUUCGGCUGGAACAAGAUCCCAUCCGUAAUGUUCGUCGAAACAUCCCACCCGAGGCUCCCCAGGCCGAGGCUCCCCAGGCCACGGCUGAGGAGGCGGUCUAGGAAAAGUUCGAGUUUCCUUGCUCUAUGGCGCCUGGAACUUUCCACAUCAUUCAGGCUCUUCUGCUCCUGAUCUAUUCUUCUUCUUUCGUUCAUCCUGAUGUACAAAGCGCGGGUGGUUCUUCAUGUAAGGCCAGACUCCUGGCGGAAAAGUCUUGCUUCGGUGAUGCAGAUCGUUGCACACAUUCUGUACAGAGCACGUCCUAAUGGCACUUCUUUCCUUUAUGGUGACUUGAUUUCUCUCAUCGACAG